CUAGGGCUCGCUGCUGAAAAGCCUGCUGGAUCUUCUAGUGACCUGCUGUUCUUUCCUGCUUUCCUGUGUUUUUUUCCCUUCAGAUUUAGAUUAAAAACAAAGCUCUCUCUCUCUCACUGUUUUUUCUCCCUCUUCUUUUUCUUUUCUAUUCCAACUGACAAGCCAACCCUUCAGUUUCAGGUUCUGUGCUCUCCUAUAAGAAGAAGAGGGGAGUUACUGUAGAUUGUUGGUGUAUUUGGAUGGAGGAGUGGAGUGUAGUGUUUGUAUCUUGUUGGUGAAGGGACAGGGAAGGGGGGGGUACUUAGGUGUAAAGCUCGAGUUUCACUGCCAUGUCAGUGCGCGUGGACUCUAACUGAUCACAGAGCGAGAGAGUCAGAGGGAAACGAGACUGUGACUUUGGUUACACCGAGGAGACGGAAAGAAGGAAAAGGAGUUUGGGGAUCCGUUUUACCGUGAGACUUGUAGGAUGCACUGACGGACUGAGCUCUCCCAGCUGUGUCGACAGGCUCCCGUGUUGGAGAGACAGACAGAGAGAAACAGAAAGAAGAGAAAAAAGCGGGACUGGGCAGGAGUGAGGACUACUCUCUCCAGCCUUGCCUGAGCCCAGACCAGAGCAGGGGGAGAGAUCUGGACUAGGCUGUGUUCCUGGUUGAGGGUAGAGGAGUGGAGGGCCAGGGGACGGGCUCUGACCUGGCCAUCAAACAGACCGUGAGCAUCUCCUCUCCUGGGACCAUGUACCCUCAGGGCAGGCAUCCGGUCCCUAUUCAGCCUGGCCAGUCUUUCAAGUUCACAGUCCUGGAGACCCUGGACCGCAUCAAGGAGGAGUUCCAGUUCCUCCAGGCUCAAUACCACAGCCUGAAACUGGAGUGUGAGAAGCUGGCCAGUGAGAAGACAGAGAUGCAGAGACACUACAUUAUGUACUAUGAGAUGUCCUAUGGGCUGAACAUUGAGAUGCACAAACAGGCAGAGAUUGUGAAGCGUCUCAGUGCCAUCUGUGCUCAGAUCAUCCCCUUCCUCUCUCAGGAGCACCAACAGCAGGUGGUCCAAGCAGUGGAGAGGGCCAAGCAGGUCACUAUGGCCGAACUCAACGGCAUCAUCGGGCAGCAGCAGCUCCAGCACCUGUCUCACCACACCCCAGGUAUCCCCCUGACUCCCCACCCGUCAGGGCUCUCUCUGGGGGGAGGCUCGGGCCUACUGGCCCUCACUGGAGCCCUGGGAGUCUCAGCCCACCUGGCCUCCAAGGACGAACGCAACCACCUGGACCCUGAGCACCUGAGAGACGGUGCGCCCAGCAGGAGUAAGUCAGUGUCAUCGACAGACAGCCAACCGGUGGAGGAGCGCCAGGGCCCGUCGGGGGGGUACUCCUCCUCCCAGGGAGGGGACGCAAAGAGGAGGCGCUGUGAUGACAAAGAGCCCCUCCCACCUCACUACGACAGUGAUGGGGACAAGAGUGAGGACAACCUGGUUGUGGAUGUCUCUAACGAGGAGCCCACAUCCCCCGUGGGCAGCCCCCAUCACUCCCCCCAUGGGAACGGUCUGGACCGGGCCCCCACCCUGAGGAAGGAGUUACCAGGGUCCCCCAGGAGCCCCGGGGAGGCCCCUUCCCCCCAACCACCACGCAGCCCCACCCCUGGCAAGGCCAAGGACCCAGCACAGAUGGAGAAGUCUGGGUCGCCGUUGUCUAAGUCGAGCACCCCGUCCCCCUCUCACCGUGAGGCCCUUACCCCCGGCCCCGCCGGCCCCAGUACGUCCUGCCUCCGUCUGCUCAGCAAGGCUGCCUCCUCCGCUGACUCCCUGGCUCUCCGCAGUCCCCUGUCUGUGCCCCCCGGUUCAUACCCAGCUCACUUUGGGGUGGUGUCCCACGCAGGCCUCAACGGGGAGCUGGCUAGUCCCGGGGGCUUCGGGGCUGCCCUGACCCUCUCGCCCCAGAUCAGCACCGCCGCCAGCGUCUACACCCGCAGCCCCUUGUCUCUCCAGAUGGCGUAUGAGUCUCGGUCCCACCUCAGGGCCCCAGGGCUGUCCUCCUCACUGCCUGGUGGAUCCUCCGGGGGAAAACCUGCCUACUCUUUCCACGUCAGUGCGGAUGGACAGAUGCAGCCGGUGCCUUUCCCUCCGGAUGCCCUGCUGGGCACGGGCAUCCCACGGCAUGCCCGUCAGAUCCACACUCUGAACCACGGAGAGGUGGUGUGUGCCGUCACCAUCAGCACCUCCACACGCCACGUCUACACCGGCGGCAAGGGCUGUGUCAAGGUGUGGGACAUCAGCCAGCCUGGCAGCAAGAGUGCCAUGGCCCAGCUCGACUGUCUGAACAGGGAUAACUACAUCCGCUCAUGUAAGAUUCUCCCUGAUGGGCGGACCCUCAUUGUUGGAGGCGAGGCCAGCACGUUGUCAAUCUGGGACUUGGCCACACCUACUCCCCGCAUCAAGGCGGAGUUGACGUCUUCUGCCCCGGCCUGCUACGCUCUGGCCAUCUCCCCCGACAACAAGGUCUGCUUCUCCUGCUGCAGUGACGGCAACAUCGUAGUCUGGGACCUGCACAACCAGACCCUGGUCAGGCAGUUCCAGGGCCACACUGACGGGGCCAGCUGUAUUGACAUCUCCAACGAUGGGACCAAACUGUGGACGGGGGGGCUGGACAACACAGUACGCUGCUGGGACCUGAGAGAGGGACGGCAGCUGCAGCAGCACGACUUCACCUCACAGAUCUUCUCUCUGGGCUACUGUCCUACAGGAGAGUGGCUGGCAGUGGGUAUGGAGAGCAGUAAUGUAGAAGUGCUGCACGUCUCCAAACCAGACAAGUACCAGCUGCACCUCCACGAGAGCUGUGUGCUCUCACUCAAGUUCGCCUCCUGUGGCAAGUGGUUUGUGAGUACAGGGAAGGACAAUCUGCUGAAUGCGUGGAGGACGCCAUAUGGAGCCAGUAUUUUCCAGUCCAAGGAGUCCUCGUCGGUCCUGAGUUGUGACGUGUCACCAGAUGAUAAGUACAUAGUGACCGGUUCUGGAGACAAGAAGGCCACCGUGUAUGAGGUGGUCUACUGAGAACAGGAAAUAAGGGGGGUGAGGGAUUUUCAGAGGGGUGGGAGGCUUGGCUGGAUAGGGUGUAGGGGGGACCUACUCAAGGCCUACAGCAGGGCAGGUGGGGGCAACCAUGGCUCUUUUGUACAGAAGCAAUGCUUUCUGGCUCCAGCUCCCAAAGGACCCUACUACAACAGGCCCCCCUCCCAAUCUCAGCUAGCUGCUCAUCCCUGCACCCAUUUAAGCCUGAGGAUGAGGCAGGAUAGAAAGAGAGAGCAAGAGAAGAAGAGGCGGAGAGAUAAAGAGCAAGGUAGAGGGAGCGUGAGAGGGCUACAGAUAACGAGAGAAGGAAGGAAGGGGGGAGAGGAGGAGGGUAAUUAGUGCCGUUUCCUGAUUAAGAGCUCAGCGGAAGGGAAACCCCAGAGGAGCGUGCCACUCUGGGAGCUGCAGCGAGGAGCAGAUAUCAGACAAUCGAUUCAUUAGUCAGACAGUGGAACCCUUAAUGAGGCCAAUGCCGCGCCACAGCUCCCCAGCCAGGGGUGUCAGGAGCGGCAAGCUAGCACCCUGAGCCAGCUUGGACUGGGCUGUGCUGGAGCUCUGCCCCAGAGAUACACCCAAAACACAGAGAUAGACACACUCACACAGCCUCGCACCCAAUUAAGUAUUCAUAGUAGCGCUUCCCGUCUCACUCCCCUAAUAUCUAUUUUAUUUUUGUCUCACAAAAGCAGCGCUUAAUGAGCAGAGUCAAUCUGAGUCUCAGCGGGCCCCUGUGCCACAAACACUGAACAGACGAGAGCAACACUGCACUGUUCAUCUUAAUACUUACCAAUAGAUUGUUCUCCCGAGACUGCUCACUGCUUAAUGCUCAUUUAACUUCCCUGUAUUAUACGACAUGCUCCAAUGUGUGGCAAAUAAGGAAAUUAUAUUAUGUAUAUUGCGAAACCCUGCUUUGAUAGAACGUCACAAUCUUAAUGUGUCAAAAAAAUGUUUAAGUCAUGCUCAUGCUACUUUUAAGUCGUUUUGUUGCAGUAGUGGUUGCUUUGUUUUAAGAGGCUAUGGUUGCCUACGCCUGUACUCUGGCCUUUGAGAGCAAGAGGGAUACACACACUCCAUGACCAAGUGGAAAAUAUAUUUGUCUUUUUAUUUACUCUUUUUUUUUAUCUGAUGUCCUUCACCUCGGUGAUGGUGAUAGGCAGUGGACUCCACUACCCUUUCACAACAACACAAGGGCCCUGAAACUGGCCCUCCAUUUUGGGGAAGGCUUCUUCUGAUUCCUGUUUUUGUUCCUGUUUCAAGCAGAAGUGAUAACUGUACUUUAGUAUGUUUUCAGUCAGUGUGUAAUGCAAUUUCAGUGUUUGUUAAGUCUGUCAGUAUAGAGCAGCAGGUGAUGGGUCGUUUUGUGGCCAUAUUUGGGGAAAGGUGGAGACAGUGGGAAGUGUACAGUAUAAGAUGCCUGCCUCCCCCUUCCUUCCUCCCUCCCCCACCCUCUCACUGCCUGUCAGCCAUAGACAGGCUCCCUCUCCGCUCACUGUCACUAAAACCAUAUCCGCUGCCUGUGCUUUCGCUGUUCCUACAGUGAAUUACUUAAGUUUUAAAGCUGUUCUCUUUUUAAAGCGAAGGAACUUUUAAAUGCUCUGUGUUUUCCUUCCUGACGCAUUUUCAAUGUUGUAAAAGAAAUGAGAAAAAAUUAAAAAAGUUGUGUUAAUCUUUUAA